GAAGGUCACACCAUCCCCCACCAUCAUCAGGUCGAAGACUCAAUGAAUAUGAAAGUUGAGGUUAAAGAGGAAGAAGAGCAGACAUAUACGAGGGGUAAUCAGCAGUCUAAGGUCAUGGUUAAGGAGGAGGAAGUUUCUCUAGACGCCAUAAGGGGUGGCAGUGAUGUUCAGGACACCUCGGAAGGACAUCCUGUCUUAUCUCCAGGUUGUAAUGCAGAAAAUUCUGGCAAAGAAAAGGGAAACGUCAACUCCCGUUCCAACAACGAGAAGCUGUUUUCCUGUCCGGAGUGCGGGAAAUGCUUCACUUGGAAAGGAGACCUUCUUAGACACCAGAGAAUCCACACGGGCGAGCGUCCAUUCUCGUGUUCGGAGUGCGGGAAAUGUUUCACGCAAAAAGCAAACCUCAUCGUGCACAAGCGGUUUCACACCGGCGUGAGGCCGUACGCUUGCUCAGAGUGCGGGAAAUGUUUCACUCGGAAUGGAGACCUCCUUACGCACCAGAGGACUCACACCGGUGAGCGUCCUUACUCGUGUUCGGACUGUGGGAAAAGCUUCACGCAGAAGGCGAGCCUCGUUUUACACGAGCGGCUUCACACCGGAGUGCGGCCUUAUUCUUGUUCAGAGUGCGGGAAAAGUUUCACCCAGAAAGGAGACCUUCUUACACACCAGAGCAGCCACAUGGUUGAGCGUCCUUUUUCAUGUUCGAACUGUGAGAAGACGUUCAAAAAGAAAUCCGAACUUGCUCUACACCAGAGAGUCCACACCGGGGAGACUUUUUCAUGCUCGGUGUGCGGGAAAUCGUUUACAAAGAAAUAUAAACUUGUUACACAUCAGAGGGUCCACACUGGAGAAAAGCCUUUUCCUUGUCCCGAGUGUGGAAAAUGUUUUCCUUCUAAGGAGAACCUCAGUAGCCAUUUGAAGUGUCACACCAGUGAGAAGCCGUUUUCCUGUACAGAGUGCGGGAAACGUUUCACCAGGAAAGCCUGUCUGAUUUCACAUCGGGACUCUCACACUACGGAGAAGCAGUAUUCCUGUUUCACGUGCGGAAAAUGCUUCACUUUUAAAAACAGUCUCCUCAGGCAUCAGAAGGUCCACUCUGGAGGCAACGUGGGCCCCCAAAGUUCAGGCAAUAUUAUAGAGGUGAAUCAGAAGUCAUUACUCCCCUGAGAGGUGAAACAGACGAGUCAUUUAGAGGUUCACCAAACAGUCCACACAAAAAACAACUCAAAUCCAAGUCAAAAUUGGAAACACGAAUCCAUCAUAUGGGAGAAGCCACACUCUUGUUUCAACCUACUGUAGCACCCCCUCUACUGUAGGUAGGUGCUAGAGUAGGAUUUUCGCAAGGGAAACUGUCAGUGCAGGUACAUUUAGGCAGGCCUAUUCUCCAGGCUAGGCCCUGCUUGUUUUGAUCUGGGGGGCAAGGAGUGGUUAGUGUAGCAGUGGGUGUGACCACCUGUGCUCUAGUUCUGGGGCGCCUCCCCUGCUUCCAGGGAGAAUGAUCUGGAAGAGGGGCGGGGCAUAGGGCUGGAUUGACAGGGAGCUCAUGUGAGGAACCCUGACCAAUCCCCACUUGGAAUUGGCAGGGGGCAGGCCUCCCAUAUAAGCUCAGGUCCCAGCCCACUGGGGAGGAGUUGUCGGCCGGGAGACGUAGAGAAUAGAGCAUUAGGCAGCCGCAGGGGCUGGGGGGUGUGCAAAGCCUAGCGGAGGAGCCCGGGAGAGCUGGGAGGGAGCUACAGUGGAACCUCGGAUUAUGAGCAUAAUCCGUUC